UUGUUUACUGUCAAUUGGGAAACUUUUAUUAUUGUUUAGUCUGUGGUCGAAUUGAAAAUAGAUAAGUAGAUAUGGUAGAUAGUCUUUAAUAUUAUUGAUCUAUAGUGCAGUUUUGGCGAAUACUGUGAUUAUAUUAUCGAAAUAUAAUAGUGUUUGGCAAUAGAACCAUAAUAGUGUUUAAACUUAUAAUUUCAAUUAAUUAUAGUCGAAUCUCGACUACUGCGGGGCCACUAGUUAUAUUCAAAGCACGUACGAUAACAUGGCGUCUAUCAUUCCCAUUCGUCCAAUAUCAGUCAAUGCUCAGGCGUCGUUCUGACGUCACUUUAGUUCGGAACUGCAACGCCAGACAGUGUUAUGUUAUUCAGGAUUUAGAUUUUGGCUCGUACACACUGUUGUUUGAGGAGAAUAAAAAAUCGAAGCUAAUUUAUUUUAAUUGUGGCAUUGUGGUGUUGUACCAUAAUAUAUAGUAUAACAGUAAAAGUACUUAUACUAAUUCUGCUGUUUUUAUCGGAAUUUCAAAUAAUCUCAACCCAACCGGGAUGUCUUUGAAGAAUAGGUUAAUUGCAAGUCUACAAAAACUAAAGGAAUACGAUUACACUGACGUAGACAAGGCAAGAGCUAGUGACGCGAAGGCCGAGAAUGCCCUCAACUUAAUAUACCAGACCGCUUUAAAGAAAACAACUUUUACAACAGAAGAGAAGAAAAUUGUAGGUUCUCUUUUAUUUGAUGCCAUCACACCGAUACAAAGCAACAUAGAAGGAACGGCCUGCGAAUACAGAACUAGAUUAGAUACCUCUGUGCUUAUGAAAAGAUCUGCAAUACAAUUCUUGAUUGACGAAUACGGGAAGUUUCCAGUUGAGAAUUCUAUCUUGGCUACAAAGUUAGAGGAAGCCGGCAUAGCAGAGAGCGUUGAAAUACUCAAUGAAAUUAUAAAUAGGUACUGUGAUAUGAGCGAUUCUGACGAAGGCUCCAGUGACAGAGAAUCGGCGGGAUCCCAAGAAGUACCAAGGUCGCACAUUUGGUGGACUGCGUGAUAAAUCAGCUUGCAACUAUACAGGCAGAGUUGACGUAUCCAUUAUCUUGCUAACGACAUUAUUCAUAAAGAGUUGACAUAGGUAACUAAAUUGAUAUAAUACAAAAUGAAUUUCAUAUCGAACGUACUGGAUUCGAUUCCGGUUGUAGGCCACGUAAAAGGAAUUGUUCAUUAUGCCGUUGGAGAUACAGAAGGAGGCAACAAUUCUAUGUAUCAAUCUACAAGGACAUCGGCGGUCCUAGCAGGAGGAGCAGUUGGAUGCCUCGCAGGACCGGCAGGAGCUGCAUUGGGAGGCGUAUACGGAGGCAUGAUUACAGACGGCUUGGUUUCUGCGGCUAAGAACGAGCCUGUAGGUAUUUUUGAGUCAAGUGCAAAUAUAGGUAGAGACAUUGCUUCAGGCAAAAAUCCAAUGGCUUCUGUGGGUUCCGUAAGUUUCAAAAUCGCCAUGGACGGUAUAGGUGGCUUUGGCAUGGGAGGAGUUUCUAGCGUUGCCAGUAAAGUCCCGGCGAAGGCCGUCGCAAAAACCAUAGAAGGCACUGUAAAAAAAGCUGCUGCAACUAUUGGGGAGGAGAUGAUUGAGAAGUCAGUGCAAUUAACUGCAGAAGAAAUGACAAAAAUUGUGGCAAAGAAAGUGUCAGAAAAAGCCGUGAAAAAAGCUGUCGAAACUGCAGCAAUACAAACACAAAUGCUUCUGGUGUCUGCUCACGUCGGAGUAAAUGCUAGUGAAAAAACCAAAGCUGAAAUGCGUGCUGAAGAAGAACGUAAACAACAGAAACAAAAAGAAGAAGAAAAAAAGGCGCGUGAAAAUCGCGAUAAAAAAAAUACUGGAUCGUGGCAACCGCCACGCGAGAACAGAAACAAUAAAGAGUCCAAUGUUGAUAAUGAAGAGUCCGACGAGGAGGUAUUUGAAAAGUUCAUGAAAUUACUUAAACAGCUCUUGAAGCUUCUCUACGGCAAUAACAGAGAACCGUUCACAAGAAUUUUCGAGAAUUUAUCACCAGGCCAAAUAGCGUAUUUGGUGAAAAUAAUCAGAAACCUUAACUCAACUGGAAUUUUACAGAUAGUGUUAGAUUUUACAUUAAAACUGUUUAAAUUGUACUUUUCUAAAGAUAUCUCAUUCACAAAUAUCCUGAGUAUGUUAGAAUUCGUCGCAACUUACAUUGAAGACCAGUUGUAUUUUAUGACCAAAACCAAAGGUAAGCCGACUCGUCAAUCAGAUGCCGACCGAAAUGAGCGUCGAAGGAACGCCAUCAAAGAACUUCAAAACAAAACGGAUAUAAUUCAGAAAAUUGCUGAUCUAUUCAGACAUUUACAAGCGGAAAUCAUAGCUGAAACGAGCGCGCCUAAUAUAAUUUCCCCCUAUUUUCGUGAUAUAUUCUCAGCUGUGUAUCAUUAUUACAAACACAGACGCGUGCCCGUGCCAGGCCAUGAGAAGCUGACAGUCAAACAAUAUUUCGACUUGAUAAGGAUGGUAAUUAUAAAAAUGAAAGAAUCACCGGAAUACAAAAAAAUGCAGAGGGCCAGAAAUGGAGCGACCCUCACUUGUGAAAUGUACGUUGUCUUGUUCGGUAGGAUGUUCAGAAUCAUUAUUACUGUUCGAGAUGGUAAAAUUGUAUUGAGUACCGCCUAUGUAGUCAAGCGUAUGAACUUUAAUGCCAAAGAAGGCAUUCUUUACAUAAAAUUCGAUGAUGGAGAUGUACAGCAGUAAUAACCUCAAACUUCAUUUUAAAAUAAAAUAAAAUAAAAAACGAAAAAAAUAUUGCUGAAGCAGUUUUAUAAAAAAAAAAAAACAUCAUAUUAUUAUACUUAAUGUUGCUUGAUUCAUUUAAAGUUGUCAAAAGCAUUUAUUUUUAAGUUGCGUUUAUUUACCUUGGUAUAUUUGAGUCGUCUAUUAUCAAAGGUGGCAAUCUGUGCAUUUGGACAAAAAAUUUUUAUUGAUAUGUCAAUACAGAUUGAUUUGAAUAUAAUCGUCUCCUUCAAAGAAUACGGUUCAAAACCUGCAUUAAAUAAAGGUUAAUAGUUAACCUGUUAUUUAUCUAAGAUGUCGUUCCGAAGAGUUUUGUGACUGCCAAUGGAAUACAAAGUCAAUAAUUCGUUUUUCUGAUUUACCAAUCAUUGUCCAAAAGUCAGAUUGCCGGCUUUGAUAAUAGUCGACUCAUUUAUACGCAGGUAUAGUAUAGUAGGUUUAUAGGUACAUGUAGCUGGGUAUAUAGAUAAUAAUAUGUUUAAGUAAGUUUGUAUGUAACGAAAUCUAUCACGUUAUUUUUGCCGACUUGAAAACGUCCGAUUAACCUGAAAAGACCGACUCGAUCGAAUUCUUCGAUUACGACGAAGAGCGAAUUAUUCCAUGGACACAGCCCACUGAGUUUCUCGCCGGGUCUUCUCAGUGGGUCGCGAUUCCGAUCCGGUGGUAGAUUCUGCAAAACACUGCUCUUGCUAGGGCUAGUGUUAGAAAUUUCCCUGAGCUUGAGCCCAGACUACCAGCGAAUAGGUAGAGAAUAAAAACAACAGGAAUACAAAAAAUAUUAAAUUCAUUGUUAGUUCGGUUUGCUAUUUAAACGUGUUUCUUUUUACUUUAUUAAAAUUGCUAAAUAAAGCCAUGUCCACUUAUUAAUCUCCAGA